GCUCCACUGGUUAGAAGCUCAGAGGGUGUCUGUCUUCUGCACGGCUGUGUCAGUUCCUUCUCCUCUCAGUCUCUCUCUCUCUCCGUCUCUCUGCUGCGCUUCCAUCAGAGCCUCCAUCACCGCCACCUCCGCCGUGCUCAUCAUCCUUCCUCUGGGAGAAGCCGGGAAGGCCUGCAACUCCAGGGGAAAUAACAGGAGGAUAAUGACCUAAAGGUCUUUUGCUACGUUUCAGUUUUUCAACCAGAGUUUGUGGAAUACAGCUUCUUCAGCAAAGGGUGAUCUUUUCAGCGCUUCAGUAGAAGAUGGCGAAGCGUCGGCUGAUGCCGCUGUGCGCUCUCGUCUGCUUCCUGUUCGCAGGACUGCUGACCAAACUUGAUGCUCAGGAAGAUUGCGCACAAGGCCUGCCAGCUGAUAUAUACUUUCUAGUGGACUCAUCAUGGAGCAUGGGACAGGAGAACUUUGAGUACGUAAGACAGUUUCUGUACAGAGUGGUAAAAGCUCUGCAACAGGGGGGCGGGAGCAGGUUUAAGUUUGCCCUGGUGCAGUACAGCGGUUCGCCCAAAACCGAGUUCCAACUCAACACUUACCAGUCGUUCCGGGAGGUCCUUGGGCACAUCGAGGCCAUGGUCUACCGGGGCGGGGGAACCAGGACGGGGCUGGGCCUGGACUUCCUCAUCCGGGCCCAUCUGAACGCCGCCUCGGGCAGCCGAGCCGGCGACGGCGUGACCCAGGUGGUGGUGGUCCUGACGGAUGGACGUUCCCAGGACGACGUGGCCGAACCAGCCCAGGUGCUGCGUCUGGCGGGCGUGGAGGUUUUUGCAGUGGGCGUUCAGGACGCGGUGGACUGGGAGCUCGGCGAGAUGGCUAGCGAGCCACGAGACACUCAUGUUUUCAGCGUAGACACUUUCACGGCCUUGGCGGGCAUUAUCCAGGACUUAGUGGUGGGGUUGUGUGGUGCCGUGACCCUGGCUGGGGGCGGGGCUCCUGUAGCGCUGACAGCCCCCAUGUCAGUUGAAGUCAGACGAUUGGCUGGAGAUGUGACAGCACAAGAAUCAGCCGACCUAGUUCUCUUAAUUGACGGAUCUGAAAACAUUGGAGCGGCUAACUUCCCACGUGUGCGUGAUUUGGCUAUAAGAAUCAUACAGGGCCUUGAUGUGGGCAGGGACAAAAUACGGGUGGCCGUGGUUCAGUACGGCGCCAACCCUGAGAUUAAGAUCUAUCUAAAUAGUUAUGAAAACAAAGCCGCUGUCCUGGAUGCCGUGAAGGCCCUUACCUUCAUGGGAGGUGACGAGGCUAAUCUCGGUGCGGCCUUGGAGGAAGUGGCAGAGCACCUGUUGAUCCAGGUGGCCGGGGGCAGGGCGGAGGAGGGGGUGCCCCAGGCCCUGGUGAUUAUCAGUGCCGGUCCAUCCACGGACGAUACUGGCGUGGGCGACAGGGCGCUUAAGCAGUCCAACGUUAUCACAUUUGGUGUGGUGGUGGGUGCGGAGGCCACAGCUGAGUUGGAGACGGUUACCACAGAUAAGAGCUUUCUUCUGUCGGCCCCAGAUUUCAGUGCAGUGGCUGUCAUGGGUGACCAACUGCUACCAUACAUUAACGGGGUGGCCCAACGCACAAUUGUCAUUCAGAAUGAGUUCACAGAAGCCUUGGAAGUUGGAAAUAGGGACAUCAUUUUCCUCAUUGACAGUACCAUGGGUUCCACAAUUAUCAACGCCAUACGCGAGUUCAUCAGAAGGUUUGUCGAGACAAUGCCAAUCGGACCGGGCGAGGUGCAAGUGGGCGUGGUCCAGUUCAGCAGCACCCCCCGAUCGGAGAUCGACCUGAACGCCUUUGGAACCAAGGAGGACCUGUUAGGCGCUCUUGGCCGAAUCAAACCAAAACCCGGCCAGGAGGUGAACAUCGGAGCAGCCUUGAACUUUGUGAGAACCAACAUGCUGCGGGAAGAGAAGGGAAGUCGUAUUCAGCAGGGGAUUCCUCAGCUGGUGCUGCUGAUGACAACUAAGAAGUCCAGCGACAGCGUGGAGCAGCCUUCCGAGGAACUGCAGCGCAUGGGAGUCCUGACCCUGGCCGCAGGCUCCAAGACCGCUGACGAGCAGGAGCUAAAGCGCAUUGCCUUUGCCGAGAGCCUGGUGUUCAUGUUAAAGGACUUCCGCCAGCUGCUGCGCCAGCCCAAGCUGAUCGUCUCGCCGCUCUCCACUCUGACCGGGGUGGUUGUGACUGAGGGACCCACAGAACCAGUGGUCGAGAUUACGACAGUGCAGACUCAGCGGAUGGUGCGAGACAUCGUCUUCCUCGUUGAUGGCUCAAGUUACACUGAGAGCAACUUCCGUUACGUGCAAGAAUUCAUCGCCGAAGUCGUCAACCAGCUGGAUGUUCGGCCAGACCGGGUUCAGAUCGGCCUCAUGCAAUUCGCAGGAAACCCCAAGAUCGAGUUUUACCUCAACACCUUCUCCAGCAAACAAGACGUGCUGAACAGUGUCUCCCAACUCAGGGGGGUUGGAGGCUCCAUUCUGAACACAGGAGCUGCUAUGGAUUACGCCCUCGCCAACAUGUUCCAGGCCUCCACAGGGUCCCGGAAGAGACAGGGUGUUCAACAGGUGUUGGUUCUGGUCACCGGUGGCCCAUCCCAGGACCAGGUUAAGAGGAUAGCCGACAAAGUGGCUCUGGCAGGCGUACUGACCUUCACAGUCAGCUCCGGCCAGGCAGACAGCGCUUUAAUGAAGUCGGUUGCUUUUGUUCCUAACUUGGCUUACCAUGAAAGGAGCUGGACUGGACUGGCAAAUGUUGUGGGGCAAAUCAUGACCCCUCUGAUCACCGUGGUGGGUGAUACUGAUGUGACUCAGGGAGAAGUCAUAGAGGAAGUCACAGGCGGAGAGAGGGAUGUGGCUUUCCUGAUUGAUGGCUCUGAUAAUGUAAGAGCAGAUUUCUCUUACAUCCGGGACUUCAUUCUCAAAGUCAUUGAGCCUCUUGACAUUGGAAUGGACAGAGUACGGAUUUCAGUUGUCCAACAAAGUGAGAGGCCAACGGCUAACUUCUACCUAAACACUUAUCAGAAUAAAGAUGAAGUAAUGAGAGCUGUAAAUUCACUUACUCCGGCUGGUGGUCGAAGUCUCAACACGGGGGUUGCCUUGAAAUUCAUGAAGGAUACCAUAUUGUCAGAUAAACAUGGCAGCCGUGCAGCUCAGAAUGUACCCCAGUUCAUGAUUGUUUUGAGUGGCAGCAAAUCAAAGGACAGUGUCAAGGAGUCAGCCGUUGCCUUAAAGACUGAUGGAGUGGUACCGUUUGGUGUGGGUGUCAAGGAUGCGGACCGUAAACAGAUUGAGGCCAUUUCACACAACCCCUCCUUUGCCUUCAACGUGAAGGAUUUCAGUGAGCUGAGCACCAUCCCCCAAAAGCUCAACAGCUAUGUGAGCCUCCCCAAGGAGCAGCUCCAAGAAGUCCUCCUUGAAGCCGAGUCUCAGGGUCCCAAGAAGGAUGUGGUCUUCCUCAUUGAUGGCUCAGACAACGUAGGAAGAGAGUUCCCCAUCAUCCAGGAGUUCAUCCGCAGAGUUGUUGAAAACCUUAAUGUGGGUGAGAACAAGAUUAGAAUUGGUGUGGUGCAGUAUGGUGACUCCCCUUCAGCAGAUAUCUACCUGAACUCCCAUACGACCAAAGAGGGCGUCAUGAAUGCUGUGAGGUCGCUGAGACAGCACGGUGGGAGGCAGCGUAACUUGGGCCAGGCUGUGGAGUUUGUCAGUCGGGACGUGCUCACAGCUCCACGUGGAGGCAGAAAGCAGGAGGGUGUCCAUCAGUUUGUGAUUGUCGUUUCUGGAGGAAGUUCCACUGAUGAUGUCAGACAGGCAGCAACCUUGCUUAAGCAGUCCGGGGUUCUGCCCUUCAGCAUUGGGACCAGAGAUGCUAGCCAACAGGAGCUCCAGAUGAUCUCCUACGUUCCUAAAUUUGCUUACACCGUGGAUGACUUCCCUGGUCUAUACACUGUCCAGGAAAACUUGAUCUCCACGCUGACAGAGUUGUCAGAUGAAGAAAUUGCCAGGCUCCAUCCGGUAUUCCCAAGUUUUGAUGUGACAACCACAGUAGUAACCACUGGCGGAGACAAGAGGGAUGUGGUAUUCCUCAUUGACGGAACAACAGCAGUACGCAACGAGUUCCCUGCUAUCAGGGAUAUGAUCAACAGGGUAGUGGGAAAGCUGGAUGUGGGUCUGGAUCGCGUCAGGGUGUCGGUGGUGCAGUACAGUGAUGACGCCAAAGUGGAGUUCCUUUUGAAUGAAUUCUCAACAAAAGAAGAAGUCCGCCAGGCUGUGAGCAGGCUGCGGAGCAGAGGUGGGAACCAGCUCAACACGGGGCGUGCUCUUGACUGGGUCUCCAAGAACAUAUACCAGAGAUCAGCAGGUAGUCGGAUUGAGGAUGCUGUGCCACAGUUCCUGAUCCUAGUCACUGGAGGCAAGUCUUCAGAUGAUGUUUCUGGUCCGGCUAAUCAGCUGAAGACCAACCUUGUUGCUCCUCUUGCCAUUGGGGCAAGGAAUGCCGAUCCCAACGAACUGAGGCAGAUCGCACUGAAGCCAGAGCUUACCUACACUAUCAGCAACUUCGGGCAACUUCCAAGUGUUGAGCAGCAACUCAUUACUUCAGUCAACACCAUGACCACCGCUGACAUCUCUACUAGUUUUGAUCCCUCAAAGGGUGUCCGAAACCUAAACAUGGGGAGAAAGGACAUCAUUUUCCUCGUUGAUGGAUCAGACACCACAGGCUCUUCCGGCAUCGCCCACAUCCGUGACUUCAUCCUGAACAUAGUUCAGCAGCUCAAUGUUCAGCCAGACCACGUGCGAGUAUCUGUUGUCCAAUACUCAGACAAGGUCAAGACUGAGUUUUCCCUCAACUCCCACAACAACAAGCCAGAUGUACUGUCAGCUAUCAAGAGACUUCGUCAGAUGGGCGGCCGGUCCUCAAACUUGGCAGAAGCCAUCGAGCAUGUGAUCCGGAAUGAGCUGAAAGCCUCAGCAGGUGUCCGUCUGGCCGACGCCUCCCAGCAUCUCGUGGUUCUCACUGGCGGACGCUCCACGUCCGACCUGUCAGUUUAUGGGCCUCUGCUGAAGGGGUCUCGAGUCAACUGCAUUGGUAUCGGCGCUGGGGCCGCUGACGCCAGGCAGCUGAAACAAAUCGCCACCAGCUCAGAAGAUGUUCUCCAGGUGCCAACGUUCCCGGGCUUGCCUGUCAUCAGAGAGAAGUUCAUCGCCCGUCUUAAUGGGACUAUCCCAGAGGAGCCCCCCACAGAUUAUGAGGACCCCAAUCUCCCCAAAGCCAAGGCGGCUGAUAUUGUGUUUUUGGUCGAUGGCUCCAUCAAUCUGGGCAAGGAUAACUUCAAGGAGGUUAUGGAUUUCAUCCUGAAUCUCAUCGACCUCUUCUUCACCGAGAGGGACAAGCUUCAGAUUGGCCUGGCGCACUACUCCACGGACAUGACCGACGUCUUCUUCCUCAACACUUACAAGGACAAGGAUGACAUCAUCAGUGCCAUCUCCCGGACCGAGUACAAGGGUGGGCGGAAGAUCAACACAGGUGCAGCCAUUCGCCACGUGCAGCAGAACCACUUCAUCAAGGAGAAAGGAAGCAGGAAGGACGAAGGCAUCCCUCAGAUCCUGAUGAUCGUCACUGGAGGACGUUCGUCUGACGACGGCAAGUCGGCAGCUCUCGCUCUGAAAGCUACCGGCGUGCGAAUCUACGCAGUUGGAGUGGGGAACAUCGAGGAUGAGCUGAUCGACCUGGGCAGCGAGGCCACCACGGUGGCGAGGGCAAGCACCUUCCUGGAACUAUCGGAGCUCAACGAGCAGAUCUUGGAAACGCUGGAUGAUGAGGUGAAAGGUGUGAAACUCUGCACGGGUGUGCCGGACUCAGUCAAAAGCUGCAAUGUGGAGGUGUUGGUGGGCUUUGACGUGUCUGCCCAGAACAUUUUUGCCGCCCAGACCAACCUCCAGACCAAGAUGGGAGCCAUCCUCCAGAGAAUCUCCAAGAUGGCGUCUAUCAGCUGCUCCUCGGGCCAGAUCCCCUCUGUCCAUGUGGGGAUGCUGGCCAUGGACUCUGCCUCCGAGCCAGUCAUGCUGGAAUUCACCGAUAACGCAGAUGAGCUGUUCGAAGCGUUCAAGGCCUUGAGAAACUCCGGCCCUUACCUUCUCAAUGGCAAGACUAUCACUGCUUACAACACAAGGUUCAAAAGCAGACCGGCUGACACCACUAAGGUUGUGAUUCAUCUGACUGAUGGAUUGGAUGGCCAAUACUCUGAGAUGAAGAGACGAGUUGAGGAACUUCGGCUUUCUGGUGUGAGCAGCUUCAUCCUGGUGGGUCUUGAGCGCGUGCCCAGGUUUGAAGAGGCAGUGCUGCUGGAGUUCGGCCGUGGUUUCCGGUACACUCGCCCCCUGCGUGUCAACAUCAUGGAUCUGGACUAUGAGCUGAUGGAGGAACUGGACAAUAUUGCUGAGAGGGAGUGCUGCGCAGUGCCAUGCAAGUGCACAGGCACCAGAGGAGAUCGAGGUGGAGUUGGCUUACCAGGACCUAAGGGCGGUCCAGGUGCAGUGGGAUACCCAGGGCAUCCUGGAGAUGAGGGUGGACCUGGAGACAGAGGUCCUCCUGGUGUGAAUGGAACUCAGGGUUUCCAGGGCUGUCCAGGUCAGAGAGGCGUCAAGGGUUCUCGUGGAUACUCCGGUGAAAAGGGAGAUUUUGGAGAGAUUGGCCUGGAUGGUAUUAAUGGAGAAGAGGGUACAAGUGGAAUUGUUGGGCCCCCUGGAGAUAGAGGGAACCCAGGGAGAAGGGGUCCCAAAGGCCUUAAAGGAAAGGCGGGAGAUAUAGGGGGUACUGGAAUCAGGGGAGAUCCCGGUGCAACGGGGCUGGAUAACAACGAGCCGGGACCUAAAGGGGACCUAGGCGAUGCUGGUCCAGUGGGAGAGGCAGGACAGGAUGGCACCAGGGGAGGCGCAGGCGAACCAGGAAGGAGGGGUGCUGACGGUAGGAGAGGUGCUCCUGGACCAGCCGGACCUUUGGGCAAGCCUGGAGCUGACGGGCUCCAGGGAGAGCCAGGGAUCGGAGGAUCCAGGGGACCAGCAGGACCCACAAGUACACCAGGAAUCCGAGGCGAGGAUGGGAACCCAGGACCCAGGGGCCCAGGAGGAGCCCAAGGACCCGGAGGAGACAAGGGACGACGGGGUACUGUUGGUCGUAAGGGAGAGCCGGGAGACUCCGGACCCAAAGGCAUUGUGGGACCUCUGGGGCCUCGUGGGGAACCUGGUGAGGAUGGUCGGGAUGGCUUUGGAAUCCCGGGACCCAAGGGCAGGAGGGGUGAUGAGGGCUUCCCAGGGUUCCCAGGACCAAAGGGUGCGGCAGGAGACGCAGGGACCCCUGGAGGACCUGGACGCCAUGGCAACCGCGGCCAGACGGGUGUAUCAGGAGAUAUUGGUUCACCGGGCCAGAAGGGAGAUGUCGGAUACCCUGGUUCCUACGGUCAGAAGGGACCGAGAGGACCUGGUGUUGUGCAAUGCGACCUGGUCAAGAAAAUCAGAGAUAACUGCCCCUGCUGCUACGGCAAGCAAGAGUGUCCUCUCUAUCCCACUGAGCUGGCCUUCGCCCUGGACGCCUCCGAUGGCGUGCCAGCCCCGGCCUUCAGAAACAUGCGAGACGCUGUCCUCCGGCUGGUCGGCAACAUCACCAUUGCCGAGAGCAACUGUCCCCGCGGCGCGCGCGUGGCGCUGACCCUCUACAACAAUGAGGUGACCACCGAGAUCAGGUUCGCCGACGCUCUGAAGCGCCGCGCCCUCGUGCAGCGCAUCGAAGGACUGCAGGCCCUGCAGACACGCAAGCAGCGCAGCCUGGAGACGGCCAUGAACUUCCUGGCCCAGAACACCUUCAAGAGGGUGCGGAGCGGCUUCCUGAUGAGAAAGGUGGCCAUCUUCUUUGUCAACGGGGCAGUGAAAGAAUAUCCGGCCAUCAGCGCCGCGGCACUCAGGCUCUACGACACCGGCAUCGCGUCCGUGUUCCUGCUCAACCGUGAGGAUCGCGCGCUCUCCAGAGCUCUGCAGAUCAACAACACAGCCCUGGCUCAGGUGGUGGUUCUGCCCAGUCCUGGAAGUGCACAGUACAACUCUGUCAUCCAGAAGGUUAUGAACUGCCACGUGUGCUUUGACUUCUGCUCCCCGGAUGCGAUGUGCGAUUACAUCCCUCCAACGUCCCUCAGAGACCGGCGCUCUUUCACCUCAGAUGUGGACAUCGACAUGGCCUUCGUCAUGGACAGCUCCGAGACCACCUACCCCGCCACCUUUGACGAGAUGAAGCACUACGUGGCACACAUGGUGGACCAGCUAGAGAUCUCCUCCAGCCCAGCCUCGUCCAUCCACCACGCCAGGGUGGCUGUGGUGCAGCAGGCCCCGUACGAGUUCCUCCGCAACAGCAGCGGCCUGCCCAUCCACAUCAACCUGCGGCUGACGGACCAGAACUCGGCCCGAGACAUCCGUACCUUCCUGCUGGAGAAGACCCCUCAGCUGGAGGGAGGCCUGGCCCUGGCGGCAGCCAUCGAGAGUACGGUGGAGCAGGUGUUCGAGAAGGCUCCUCACCAGCGAGACCUGAAGGUGCUGAUCCUGAUGGUGACCGGCCCGGUGGCCGAGGACGAGGAGAGGCUGGUGCGGGUCGCCACGGAGAUGAAGUGUAAGGGGUACUUCCUGGUGGUCCUGGGCGUGGGUGAGAAGCUUCGGGUCGCGGACACGCGAGUCCUGUCCCGCAUGGUUAGCGAGCCGUCCGACGUGUUCUUCAAGAGGCUGGAUGGCACCUCACAGUUCUACGACAAAUACAUCCAGAACUUUGGUCGCCUGCUGCCCAAGUAUCUCAACAUUCAGAAUGCUUUCUACAUGUCCCCCGAAGUCUCCAAACACUGCCAAUGGUAUCAGAGUGACCAGCCUUUCAAAAACCCUUUCAAAGCUUCUCAGGAGAAACAUCACAAACACCAUGAAAAUCACCAGGAGGUCCAUCCAAGGAAACACAAAGAAUCGGUCGAGCUCCACCUGGCCAACGUGACCUCCAGCAGCCUGAGUCUGCGCUGGGCCGAGGCCGACCCCAAGCUCAUGGCCUACUUCGAGGUGGCAGUGACACGCCUCCACGACCACACCCUGGUGCUGAGGAAGAACGUCACAGGCACCGAGCUGCUGGUGGACGGCCUGGACGCUGGACAGACCUACCAUGCUGUGGUCACCGCCCACACCACCGACGGCAACACCGCCUCCAGCUACAAGGGCAUCGUCACCACAAAAGCAGCCGAGCACAAAGUCCCCCACCACGUCUCUGUUCUUGCGUUGACACCCCCCCUAGACAAACCAGAGACAGCUAACGAGCUCGCAGGCCCAUGUUCACUUGACUAUGAUCCCGGACUGCCGUGCAAAGACUAUCAGGCUAAGUGGUUCUUUGACAGAAAGAACGGGAUCUGUACUCAGUUCUGGUACGGGGGUUGUGGAGGAAAUGGAAAUAGGUUCGAGACCGAGGCCCAGUGCCUGAAGCUCUGCGUGAGGUCAGCACCAGAACCUCAGCAGAACAUGGAGCAAGUAAAGACUGAGAUCCUUCCAGCUCCCGCGGCCCUAACAGGAAGUGACAUCUGCCAGCUGGCCAAGGAGGAGGGAGCCUGCGCCAAAUUCGUCCUCAAGUGGCACUAUGACGCCCUGAGCAAGAGCUGCUCUCGCUUCUGGUACGGAGGCUGCGGAGGGAACCAGAACCGCUUCAACACACACGAGGAAUGUGAGAAGGCCUGUGGAAAAGCAGCAGCUGCCAGCCGAGGAGUCAUCGCCGCUAUAAGAACAUAGGAGGACAUUGAUGAAUUGUCAACUUAUACCUCUGUUGAGGAAAUUCUGAGGACAACCAACUAAAAAUAGCGUGAAGGCGAUGCUAUACCAAAGCAAAAAGGUGGCUGCACUGGAUUCCACAAGAAGAAAAAAAUAAUAAUCUUGAAGUAGUUUUUUGUCACACAAAAAGAAAGCAACACAAUUUGCUGCAUGAUUUAUCUUCCUACUGGUGCUACAUAGUGUUUUCCUUUGUUUGUUAGUUGUUUUUUUUUUGGGGGGGGGGGGUGAGUUGCAGAGUACAUCCAAUGUUGUAUUGUAACAUUUACACAAUCUGUUUUUCAUACUUGUUCAAAACCGUUUUAUCAUUAAAAACUAAAUGUGUAUGAAUAUAAUGGACAGAGAUUAUCAAUAAAUCCGAACUUUGCAGGAAUUAUAUUAUUCAGCUCCGUAACCAUUUAUAACACACACACACACAGUGCCACAAUGAGCUACUCAUCCUAAAUUUAUAUAUUGAUUUAAAAAAUCACUAGUCUCCAGACUUCACAAAUCACAAUGUUUAAGACGAUCACAAUAACAGAAUCCAUGCUGAUGUUUACACAAGUCCUUCCUGGCAGUGUGUAUAUAAUGACAGUGAUCAAUUAUCAGUGUCUAAUGGCAUUCAUCAUUUAACCUAAAUGCACUUCUGGAACCACUGCCUCAAAACACAAAUGUUCCAGUAUUUUAAAAAGAGGAAUGUACUUUUCAAGCUGUUAAAGAUGUUUUGUUUUUGUUUUACUUAUCUUUUGUGUCUCAUCUGGGAACGGGGAAAUAAAAAAUUAAUUAGACUUUCUAAUAAA